AUGGCUCGCCAGAGGUAUGACUCCCAGUGGAAGCAAGUGAGGAUCGUCAAUGGUUAUGCCGUGCUCGUGGUGUACGUGUUCUCCGCCAUCAGAGCGGUUGCCUUCCUGGUGGUCACGUGGUCCACGGUGGUGCUCCUCGGUGGCUUCAUCUCCAAGCUCCACAAGGUGGAUUUCAAGCAGAUCGCACUGAUUACCCUCAUAGAAAUGAUCUGGGGCCAAAACGCCCAGAUGUGUUGCAUGUACAACAUGCAUGACAGCAGAGAGCAUAUUGUGCGCAAUGAACAAGCCAUAGUCGACAACCUUACUGAAGAUAACGCGACAAGGGUGUUGGCUAGCAGAAGGACAGCAGAGGGCGAACAGUUGUACUUAGUCUAUGAUCAGGGUAGUGCUGGGACUAGUCCCCCAAAUAAGCUGCUCGUCAAGAAGUUCCACAAUGCGAACCGAGCGCUACAAGUAGACGGCAAUGUCAUGUACCGCUGCAACUCGGAGAUGUUCCUGUUAGCCAACAUUUCUCACAAAAACAUCAUCAAAGUUGUAGACCAUAUCCAGAGGGAAGACGCAAUCAUGCUCAUUUAUGAGUAUCCGGUUCAUGGAAGCCUUCGAUCCUGGCUGCACCAACCCAUGGAUGCCGGUCGGCACCUGAGCUGGCCGGACAGGAGGGGCAUCGCCAUUGGUGUGGCCAGAGGGCUCCGCCAGUUACACCACAGAUGCAACAAACUGUUUGUCCACCACAACAUCAACUCUGAAAACAUCUUGCUUGAUCAGAAUUUCAAGGCCGUGAUAGCCAGCUUUGGCGCUGCACAGGUUAACAUGGCGGGGCUCGGCCAACCCUUGCCAAUCACGGACCUGCGUCCUGGUAACUUUGGGUACGCAGCUCCAGAAUAUGGGUUGGGGAAAAACCAGCUGACGGAGAAGGUAGACAUUUACAGCUUUGGAGUGCUGAUGCUGGAGCUUGUCACGGGGCGGAUGACCAAUGAAGCUACAACAGAUGGUCAUUUGGCGAAUUGGGCACAGAACAACUUCCGUAUACUGAUGGCGAACCAACAGGAAGCAUUCCAGAAUGUUGUGGACAGGAGCAUACCAGAUCAAGCACGGUACAGGGAGGAGAUGGCAACUGUGUUCAUGCUGGGCGUGGAUUGCACUACUGUGGAUCCGAAGGAAAGGCCAUCCAUGCGGAUGGCUCUCAAACGACUCCGCUGCUGCCGUUGGCGUGCCCCAUUCCGUGGCCUCCUCACCGGCUUUCUGAUGUGACGCUCGUUGUUUUUUUUUUUGA